GCCGUGCCGUCCUCUUGACAUCGCGCGCGGUUCCUGCUAGGUUAUUUUCAUCCAGCGAGCUAUUCUCUUAGUUAAAUCAAUCCCACUAGGGAAGGGGAUCUUCACAAUUUCUGGGUGUGCUGGCGCGCACCCGCCACACCAUCUAGAUCCGCACUGUGGUUCUGUUUCUGGAAUCUCCUUCAACUUUUCUUAGAAAAGCAGGGAGGAGAAGCACCUCCAUGAACUGUCCCCUUCUCCCGACGUGAAGAUGUCAUCAGAGGCCACUGGAGCUGAUACCGCUUCGCAGAAUUAUGUUGAACAUGCAGUUCGAACUUUUACCUCUGCUGCAAAGUCUAUGAGGCCAAAUUCGUCCGCCCCCCAAGCUGAAACUUUCAGUUCUUCCUCUAAUGUGCAUUCUAUUAUCAAUUCUGUCGUGGAAAAGCAUAGCACUAUCUGGGCUGAAGAAUUUAGCUCAUUUGUUUCUUCAGUGAAUUUAAUUCACCAGAAACGCGUCUCCUUAAUGGCAAACGACAUAUCUGACACUAUUUCGUCCCUCAUGGGCAACCACCAGACCAGUGUGGAUGCUUCAUCGAGUCAAUUUCAAGAUCUGCUACAUCCUGGUGGUGUUACCUCUGCAUAUCAAGUUCCACAUCCUGGAGUUCUCAAAGAAAAGAAAGCUUCACAGCCUGAUCAAGCCCCCGUAGAUCUAGUCCUAGAUCAGCAGAAUCCUCCUAUUGCAUCUGAAGGUCAAGUUCCAGAGGCUGGUAUAAAUUCAGAGGAUGCUCAAGAAAGUCAAGUCAAUGAGAAUGUUAGCACUGAGUGUUUAGUCAGCCGGGUCGGACAGCAGCAUACCCAGCGGAAGCACCAAUGGCAACAAGAAAUCACAGCAGGAACAAACCACUUAACACUGGAAACCCGGACCACGAACGAACAGCGACACCCCCAAGAUGGUAUUGUUCAUGUCUCUCCUGACCCUACUGAAGACCAAUCUCCCAACUUCUCAAGAGGCAUAUGUUCUAUUGUCGGUGAUGAUCCUUCUCCUAGAGAGAAUACUGCUAUUCCAACACCUGCUGAUGCUAAUCUCAUUGGUGGAUUACACAAAAGAAACAGUUCGAUGACCCCGCUUUGCAGGCUUUCAUCCAACCCCAUCUUGAAACGUCGACGGUCCUCCAUCGAAGAUAUAUCCAUGGUCCACAUUUCAGAAUCUGGGGCCCCGCUCAACUACCUCCCACCACAUAUCCUCGCCAAUAUCCUCGGCCGUGUCGCCGACAUCAGAGACAUCGCAGCGUGCCGCCUUGCCUCACGAGCACUCCUCGCAGCUGCCCACCAGUGCCCCCGCAUCCGUCUCGACGCUUCCACCCGCACACAAUGCCUUCAGGAAGACAGGGGUGGGGACAAGGGCACCGCUUUCUGGACACUCGCGGGAAACAUCGCAUUGCACCUCGGGUCGCACCUCCGCUCCCUUGCGGUUAACGCGUCCAACGAGCAGGGUAGCGUAGAUGAUGCGAUGUGGGUAGAGGAGGGGAAUUUCGACGAGGCCGAUGAUCUGCAUGUCACUAGUUUAAAGUCCGUGCUCGCGUGGGCUUCAACUCCCGCGGGACCUACUCUCCAGGAGGUGGAGAUUGCUGACUUCUGGAGACAGUCGUGCUGGCGGAAGGUGGAGGCACUCCCUGUCAUCUCCCAUCUCUGUCAUAAUCUUCUCAAAUUGGGGCUGAAAAAUGCAUGGCUGUCGGUUGAUGGGCUCAAGAUAAUGCCUAAUCUGACCCAUCUGACGCUUGAGUGCAUUAGAAUCGAGGACGAGAAUCUCAGCAAGUUGAAUGAAUGCUUCCCAUGCCUCCAGAUUCUCAAUCUUGUUAGAGUCGGAAAGCUCAAAGACCCCAAGAUAUGUCUUUCUCAACUAAAGACUCUCCGCUGGGAGGUAUCAACAAAUGGUCGACAUUCUUUAGCUAUCCAUGCUCCUAACUUGGUUUAUCUCGAGCUAAAAUGUUUUCGACCAGAAAUCCUCAUUUUAGAUGCUCCUUCCCUGUCUACUCUGAAGCUGACUAUUGAUAAACUUAGUCCAACCACCCAGGCUGAUGGCCUAGUGAGUUUGAAAAAUCUUUGGAUUGAGUCCCUGGAUCUAGAUUCCCUCUUGCAGCUGUUUACAAAUGGUCGAGAUAUCAGGAGUCUAGAUCUUGAGCUACCAUAUUCUGCAGACUGCAGAGACCUUUAUGAUGCUGUGGAGCCAGACUAUCUUGUUCAACUGUUUGCCAGGAUCAAUGAAGUCAAGUUGUCCCCGAGAUUUUCAUGUGAACUGAUGACACUCUUAGUGGCGUGUUCGGAUAGCUUGUUUCCAAGCUGUUUGGAGAAACUUCUGGUUCAUCUAUCAGCAUCAGACACUGCUAAUUGCCCAUUUGUACCAUUGCUUAGGAACUGCGCACUGUUCUGCAAGGUGACUGUUCUUCUCCAUGCUGAUACCAGCAACGCUGCUCGCCAAGCUGCAGCAUCAGUUUGGCCACUAAGGUUUCCGGAGAUGACAUGGCAAUGGGGUACCUGGCAGUAAUCCUGCAUUUACACUUCAUUUGAAGACUGUCCAGAAUCAGAGUCAGCAGUACCUGCGACACUUUUGUCAAUGUAGCAGCGUCUUCAACUAUGUGUGAAGCUGAUUGGUUUUCUAUUUGGCACA